CGUUUGUUUGUCUGCAAUAGAAACCACCGCCGCAAACGCUCAAGCUCAGCGACCCUCCCCCCCUUUGUGCCCCCGAUACCAAGCGACACCCAACACAAGCAAACAACAUACAAACGAAGCAAGAACAAACAACAAGAUCUGAGCGAUGAGUGAUAGUGAGGACGCUGAUACGUCGAGUGGCGAGGACGUCCCGCAGCAGGACACCUCGAACAUGACCCCGGCAGCCGCAGCAGCCAUCGCAGCGCUCGCCUCGGCCUCAGCCAAGCGCAGCUCGGGCAAGAUCGAGAAGGCGUCCAAGAAGAAGAAGCCGCCGCGUGAUGCGGACAAGCGACACAGUCACAAUCUGCUGGAGCGCAAACGACGCGAUCACAUCAAGGAACGGUUUACGUCGCUGAAAGAUGUCGUUCCAACGCUGGACGAAGAGCAGAAUCCGUCCCGAUCAGCCAUUUUGCAUGAAGCCACCGUGUACAUCAACAAGAUGCGCGAAGCCACAUUCUCAGAAGAGCACCAGGUUCGACAUUUGCAGACAGCCAACCAAUCGCUUGCCAAAGAGGUGCAACAGCUCGAGGCAGAGAUCAACAAGCGCUGACCCGCAUUAGUGGAACAACGUUUGCAAUAAACCGAUGGCCAACAACCCUUGAGAAACCGAAGCAAAUCACCAUGUUGCGAAAAUAAUACAUCAGAUCCAAAAACAGAAAAAAAAAACA